AUUAUUUUCUUAAAGUUUACAGUUACCUAUUAUUAGUUGACAAAAUUGCAUUGAAAAUAUAUAAAAAAAUGUAUCUUUUUGAAUUUUUUUUUUUCUAAAGCAUGUAUUUUUUAUAAUAUUAUUGGUAAACCAGCUCACCAAAAUUGGUUUGUUACCUUUAUCAGCAGUAAUCAAUAGAAGUAGAUAAACCUCAUUUAUCAAAAUCCGCUUUUUUUUGUCAAGCAUAUAUAUUCAUAAAGAACAUCAAUUCAUAAUGUUGGAUAAGAUUAUUGUAUUUUGUUAUUUAGUUGGAAUACGACUUUUUCAUAUGUAUCAAGACUAACAAGAUUUGUGAACAGACAUAAGAGUUUAUAAAAAAAAAAGUCAAGGAUAGAAACGGUUAAAAUUUUCCAACGUUAGAAGAACACAUGGUAGAUGGAGCUGAAUUUAAGUAAGAUGAUCUCAUAAUAUUGACCUUCCACCAAUAAAAACCAUAAUGAAUACAUCAUCAUCAUCAUCCUCUAGAGUAAAUGUGAACGGUGAACUCUCCCAACAAUAUCUCUGACUCCACUUUCCUAUAGAUAGGGAAGAAAGAAAAGGAGCAUUCAUUCAUUCACCAAAAAGAAAAAGAAAAAUGGCAGGAGAAAAUGGUUUUAUUGGAUCAAUAGAUCAAGGAACAACCAGCACCAGAUUCAUCAUAUACGAUCACGAUGCUCGUGCUGUUGCAUCUCAUCAAGUCGAGUUCACUCAGUUCUAUCCCGAAGCUGGAUGGGUGGAACACGAUCCAAUGGAGAUACUAGAAAGUGUGAAAGUGUGUAUUGCCAAGGCUAUUGACAAAGCCACAGCCGAUGGACACAACGUCGACGGUGGCUUGAAGGCCAUUGGGCUUACGGAUCAGAGAGAGACCACCGUCGUCUGGAGCAAAUCCACUGGACUUCCUCUCCACAAGGCUAUUGUCUGGAUGGAUGCUCGCACCAGUUCCAUCUGCAGGAGACUAGAGAAGGAACUAUCAGGAGGAAGAUCCCAUUUUGUGGAGUCUUGUGGCUUGCCUAUAAGCACAUACUUCUCCGCCAUGAAGCUGCUUUGGCUGAUGGAGAAUGUAGAUGCUGUCAAAGACGGUAUCAAGAAAGGAGAUGCCAUCUUUGGCACCAUCGACACUUGGUUGAUAUGGAACAUGACUGGCGGUUCCAAUGGCGGGCUACAUGUCACUGAUGUCACCAAUGCUUCUCGCACCAUGCUCAUGAACCUCAAGACCCUGAGCUGGGACGAGGACACUAUUAAGACUCUUGGCAUUCCUGCUGAAAUCUUGCCAAAAAUAGUAAGCAACUCAGAGGUCAUUGGAGAAAUCUGCAAAGGCUGGCCCAUUCCUGGCAUCAAGAUCGCUGGAUGUCUUGGCGACCAACACGCUGCAAUGCUGGGACAAGCUUGUAAGAAAGGCGAGGCUAAGAGUACUUACGGAACAGGCGCUUUCAUUCUUCUCAACACAGGAGACGUGCCCAUCAAGUCAGGUCAUGGACUUCUAACCACGCUAUCUUACAAACUUGGGCCUCAAGCAAAGACAAACUAUGCUCUGGAGGGAUCGAUAGCUAUAGCUGGAGCUGCUGUUCAGUGGCUAAGAGACAGCCUUGGCAUAAUCAAAAGUGCUAGUGAAAUUGAAGACUUGGCGGCUAUGGUAGAAUCAACAGGAGGAGUUUACUUUGUGCCAGCAUUUAACGGUUUGUUUGCUCCUUGGUGGAGAGAAGACGCUCGUGGUGUCUGCAUAGGGAUCACAAGGUUCACAAACAAGUCUCACAUAGCAAGGGCUGUGUUGGAGAGCAUGUGUUUCCAAGUGAAAGAUGUGUUGGACUCUAUGAAUAAAGAUGCUGGUGAAAAGGGCUCACUAGACAACGAGAAAGGAGAGUUCUUGCUUAGAGUUGAUGGUGGUGCCACUGCCAACAACCUUCUCAUGCAGAUUCAGGCUGAUUUGAUGGGAACUCCGGUGGUGAGGCCAGUGGACAUAGAGACAACAGCACUUGGAGCAGCCUAUGCAGCUGGACUGGCAGUUGGAUUCUGGAAGGAAGAAGACAUAUUCGAGUCAGGAGACAAGUCUAAGAACUCAAAAGUAUUCAGACCAGUUAUGGAAGAAGCGACCAGGAAGAAGAAAGUGGAGUCAUGGUGCAAAGCGGUGGAGAGAACAUUCGAUCUUGCUGAUCUCUCUCUUUAAAACUUGAGUUUAUAUUUCCUUAAAACCCACGUUGUCCUUUUCUUAUAGCUCUGUCGUUAGGGUCUACACAUCAUGUAAGCAUCUCUAGUAUAAUAUGUUCGUUAAUCAAAAGUCUUUUGUGUUUGCCUAUUUGAACUUGGAACUAUUCUCUUUUUAAAACCGCAUUGCUUAUCUCAUAGAUUACUUGUUA